ACCGCAGUGAUACAGACCAUGAUGACCUUUCUUCACUUCCUGUUGAUGGCGGUUUCCCUCUCCAUCGCCACGGCGAUGCCGGAGCCCUUCUCCCCGGACGGUUGGGAACCCCCCGUCGAUCCUCCUCCAACCCUUCCCUACCCCCCCAUGGAUGGCAGUUUCUUCCCAGACGGAGACAACAUGACGGAGCCGCCGGCCGGAGCGAUGGAGGCGUAUUGCCAGAUGCUGCUGCAGGCCCCGGUGCCGGUCCCCCCAGACCAGAUCCCCUGGUUCUGUCUCUGCACACACUGCAAGAGCACCGAGGGGCCCAAAGGAGACCGCGGGGACCGGGGACUGCCAGGUAGUCCAGGUAGUCCUGGAAGAAGAGGGCUGACGGGAUUCAGAGGUCCUCCAGGUUUUGUGGGCAGACCCGGAGUCAAAGGACAGAAAGGAGACGAAGGUGAGAAAGGAUGUCGGGGACUUCAGGGGUUUGUAGGACCCAAAGGAGACAGAGGCUUCAAAGGUGAUAAAGGUGAGCAAGGUUUGGAGGGUCGCCCAGGGGAUCAGGGUCCUAAAGGAGACGAUGGUGUCUGUCCAUAUGCCUGUGAGUCUAGCCAGGGUCCCCCAGGAACACGUGGUCUGCCUGGCCCUGCAGGACCCAGAGGUCUGCCUGGUACCCAAGGACCAUUAGGGCCCAAAGGCCUUAAGGGUGACAUGGGUGAUAUGGGUCAGCCUGGUGCCCCUGGAUCUAAGGGUGUGAAAGGAGAAUCGGGGCCCCAGGGGAAGUGUAAUUGUACAGACGGAGUAGAUGGGAGUCCAGGGCAGAGGGGGGGCAAGGGAGACAAGGGGGACCAGGGACAGACAGGGCCUGCAGGGCAGAAAGGGAUACAGGGGGACAAAGGAGACAUGGGGCAAAUGGGGAUGAUGGGUCCUCCUGGUCCCUGCAUGCCCAGCAUCCAGUCAGCCUUCUCUGCAGUACUGACAUCCAGUUUCCCGCCGCCCAACGCUCCAGUGGUCUUCUCCCAUCUUCUCUACAACAUCCAGGGCAGCUACGACCCCUCCACCGGCCUCUACACCGCCCCCAUCAAUGGCACCUACGUCUUCAGCUACCACCUCACCGUCCAUGAGCGGGUCCUCAAAGUUGGACUCUUUCAUAAUUUCAUGCCAGUUGUCAAAACGACAGACCCUAAAGUGUUAGGGACCACCUCGCAUUCAGUCAUCCUCCACCUGGCCCGGGGGGACAGGGUGUGGAUUCAGGUGAAGGAUUCGAUCACUAAUGGCAUGUACGCCGGCAGCGAGGGCAGCAGUACCUUCUCUGGCUACUUGCUCCACCCAGAUACAUGUGAUAUGGCCUUACUCAGAGCCCCCAUACUCCCAAUGACCCCACCUCCUGGUGGAUACAGCUGGGGCAAUCUGCCCGGGUCCAGCACCCCCACAACCCCAACUUCACCUGCCGGUAAUGGAUCCAAUUAGCUUCAACGAUGAAUAAACCACUUCUGGUAACCUGUAGAAGGUGUCAGUGUGAAAUAAAUUAUUUUAGACCACCGUAACAUGCUACUCUUAAAAAUAUGCACCAGUCAUCGCACAGACACACUCUGAGGAUUAGAUUAGUCCAAACCACCAAAGUUACAGCUGUUGAUAAGACAACAAGAGAGACAGUCACCAGUAAACUAUUUACUCUAGCCAAACGUUGUGUACUGACCUUGAACACAAAAAUUACCCCAAACCAAUAAAAGUUUCUGUUCCCUUUCACAUAGAAGCAAUAAAAUGAGGAGAACAUAUGUUCACCUGGGUGUGAAUGGGUCAAAUAAAGAGACUGCUCCUGAGAAAAAUUACACAAUAAUUGCCAGUGGCCCAAAACUACAUACUAUAUUUACGUUUCAGUGACCAAUGCUAUCUAGUAGCCGUAGUAAUAUAGAGCAACAAAAUGCACGUACAGAGGAGGAAGGUGGAUGGAGGCUUUAACCAAACA